UUGAUUUUCUUUUAGUUUAAUGUAUUUUUUGCUUUAUUGUGGGUCUUGUGUAAGUCUGCAUAUGUAGUAUUUAUCAAAUUUAAGUAUUACUACAUUCUUUAAUUUUUUUUCAGGGUAAAGAAUAUACUAUUGCAAUCAAAUUGUGUUUUGGAAGCAUUUGGGAACGCCAAAACAAACAGAAAUGAUAACUCUAGUCGAUUUGGAAAAUACAUGGACAUAAAUUUUGAUUUUAAAGGAGAUCCUUAUGGUGGCCAUAUAAGCAACUAUCUUUUAGAAAAGUCUCGUGUUGUUGCUCAACAAAGAGGUGAAAGGAAUUUCCAUGCUUUUUAUCAGCUGCUCUAUGGAACACCUGAGUCCUUGCUAGCAAAAUAUGGAGUUAAGAGGGAUGCUUCUCUUUAUCACUACACUCGACAAGGUGGAAGCCCUAAAGUAAAUUCUCAUUUUAAAUUCAUUUUGUAAUGAAUGCUAUCUUAUUAAAUGUGUAAUUA